CUCUCUCAAUCUCCCACUCAAUCUCCCCCCUCAACCUCCCCCUCAACCUCCCCUCUCAAACUCCCCCCUCUCAACCUCUCCCCUCUCUCAACCUCCCCCCCAACCUCCCCCUCAACCUCCCCCCUCUCAACCUCCCCCCUCUCAACC